AUGGCAUGCAAUGUCUACCUGACAUUCUUCCACAAAUACGACUCCGAGCAACUACGCCGGCUCGAAUGGAAAUAUGUGCUCUGCUGCUACGGUAUUCCAUUCAUCCCCGCUUUCGCAUACUUCUUCAUCCAGACCCAAGCCCGAGGCAGGAUCUAUGGCUCCGCCAUCCUCUGGUGCUGGAUCUCGGUACAGUGGUCCUUCCUCCGCAUCGCCAUCUUCUACGGACCAGUCUGGCUCAUUAUCUCAGCAACCUUCGCCAUCUACCUACGUGCAGGGUCGGUGAUUUACCAGAAACGGCGCCAGCUUCGGAACCUCGGUGGCAUCGACUCAGAUCUUGUCCCAGAAUCUCCCUUUGCUAUGUUGACUGGCAUCCAAGUCACCAGGGAGAUUGCCUGUUCUACUCCAGAGCGUCGGUCCUUGUCAGAGAGCGCCGCGCGCGGGCUGCCGUGUAGUGCGUUCAGAGCAUACUCGGUCACAAUCGAGGGUGGUAGUACCCCCAGCACGAUGCAAGGUCCCAGUCCUCUUCAUCAGGAGAAUUCUAGCAAGACCGUGCGACCGGAUGGAGCGGACUCACAGCGGAGGUCGACGUCCACAGAAGCCAGUUCGGCUACGUGGGCCUAUACAAAAUACGCUAUGUUGUUCUUCAUUGCCUUGCUUGUCACAUGGCCGCGUAUCCUCGUGGCGCAUAACCCGUUCGGUGACAAAUAUACAAUCCUUCCAUCUUCAGAAAGGCUCACAGAGCUCUAG